AAUGGGGUGUUUUAAUCAAUUAUUUAUCUGUUGCUUCUUUGCCCGUUCGUCUUCUCUCUUCUCAACUGUUUGUGAAACUCCACCGUCUAAUCCCGCAGAGCCGUAGCUCCGCCGUUCGUCUCCUUCUCCACACGGCAACGCCGAUUCUGGUGUGAAGCUCUCGAGUCCCUUCUGACUUUCUGAAUAUUUUCGUAUACAUAUCAACAUGACUCGUGCAAGAAGAAAACAAGAAAAGAGAAAUAGGAAGGAAAGAUUACAGAAUGGAAAGGAAGAAGAAAGAUCAAUGACUGAAAGAAUUGAAGUGGUUCGGCGAAUUAUGUCUACAUCCUGACAUUUUCAAGCAAUGCCACUAAAUCUUAGUAUUCUUUGUUGACUCUUUUUCUAACUGGAAAUUCAAAACAUUCUAAUGCCUGUGUUAAAACUACCAAUUGGUGACAUUGUGCCCGUGAAGUUCACACCAUUUCUAUUCAGGUCCAAUUUCUUUGCUUCUCCUCACCAAAACCCAAUAAAGCUGUUGAAAGUAGCUGCAGAUGCCAAGAACUUAAAAUUUGGUAGAAUAGUCCAUGCCCAUCUGAUCAUUACCAAUCACAGCCAUGGAGACUGUAAAGUGAACCAACUGAAUUCCCUUAUUAAUUUGUACGUGAAAUGUGAUGAAGUAUCGAUUGCUCGGCAAAUGUUUGAUAGUAUGCCUAGAAGAAAUGUCAUAUCCUGGAGCACUUUAAUGGCUGGGUACAUGCAAAAUGGGAGUCCCUUGGAAGUUUUUGAGUUAUUAAAAAAGAUGGUUGUGAAGGAUAAUAUCUUACCCAAUGAAUAUGUGAUUGCUACUGUUAUAUCUUCUUGUGAUAGUCAAAUGUAUAUAGAGGGGAAGCAAUGCCAUGGGUAUGUGUUUAAGUCUGGAUUGGAGCUUCAUCAAUAUGUUAAGAAUACUCUUAUUCAGAUGUACUCUAAAUGUUCAGAUGUAAGAGCAGCAAUGCAGAUUUUAUAUACUGUCCCAGGUUAUGACAUAUUUUGUUAUAAUUUGGUAAUGAGUGAGCUUCUACAGCACACACAUACGGGAGAAGCUGUAGAAGUUCUGAAGUUAAUGAUUAGUGAAGGCAUAGAAUGGAAUAAUGCCACUUUUGUUACAAUUUUUCGCCUUUGUGCUAGUCUUAAAGAUAUAAAAUUAGGUAAGCAAGUUCAUGCUCAAAUGUUGAAAAGUGAUAUUGACUAUGAUGUCUAUAUUGGAAGUUCUCUCAUUGACAUGUAUGGGAAGUGUGGUAAUGUGUCUAGUGGAAGAGCCUUUUUUGACCAGUUGCAAAGCCGUAAUGUUGUUUCUUGGACAUCAAUCAUGGCAGCUUAUUUUCAGAAUGGAUUCUUUGAAGAAGCAUUGGAUCUGUUUUCAAAGAUGGAAGUUGAUCAUAUUCCUCCCAAUGAAUAUACACUGGCAGUGUUGUUAAACUCUGCUGCAGGUUUGUCUGCACUAAGCCUUGGGGAUCAGUUACAUGCACGUGCUGAGAAAUCAGGUCUCAAAGCCAAUGUUAUAGUAGGUAAUGCCUUGAUCAUAAUGUAUUCCAAGAGUGGGGACAUUUUAGCAGCACGAUGUGUGUUUUCAAAUAUGAUGUGUUGUGAUACCAUUACCUGGAAUGCAGUAAUAACUGGCCACUCACACCAUGGUCUUGGCGCGGUAGCUUUAAGCAUGUUCCAGGACAUGUUGGCUACUAGAGAGCGUCCUAAUUAUGUAACCUUUAUUGGUGUUCUCUCUGCUUGUGCCCAUUUAAGUCGGGUGGAUGAAGGAUUCUACUAUUUUAAUCAUUUGAUGAAGCAGUUUGGUAUUGUCCCUGGAUUGGAACACUAUACCUGUAUUGUUGGACUCUUAAGUAGAUCUGGACGGCUGGAUGAAGCUGAGAAAUUUAUGGCAUCAAAUCAAAUUAAUUGGGAUGUUGUUUCCUGGCGCACCCUUCUCAAUGCUUGUUAUGUUCAUAGAAAUUAUGAUAAAGGGAAGCAAAUAGCAGAGAACUUGCUACAGUUGGAGCCUAAGGAUGUAGGAACGUAUAUUCUAUUGUCAAACAUGCAUGCCAGAGUUAGGAGGUGGGAUGGUGUUGUUAAGAUUCGAAAAUUGAUGAGGGAAAGAAAUGUCAAGAAAGAACCUGGAGUGAGUUGGUUAGAAAUAAGAAAUGUUGCCCAUGUUUUUACAUCUGAGGAUAUUAAACACCCCGAGUCCAAUCUGAUUUAUGAUAAGGUAAAGGAUUUAUUAUCUAAGAUUCGACCUUUGGGGUAUGUUCCUGAUAUUGCUAGUGUAUUGCACGAUAUUGAGGACGAGCAAAAGGUAGACAAUCUUAGCUAUCACAGUGAGAAGCUUGCUAUAGCAUAUGGCUUGAUGAAGACACCAUCAGGCGCACCAAUCAGGGUGAUUAAAAACCUUAGGAUGUGCGAUGAUUGUCACACUGCUGUCAAACUUAUUUCCAAGGUUGCUAAUAGGUUUAUAAUUGUUAGAGAUGCCAAUCGCUUCCAUCAUUUUCAAGAUGGUUUUUGCUCGUGUGGAGAUUAUUGGUGAUAAUUUGAAUGAGUUUCUCAAGGGCUUGGAUGUUUUGAUGAUAAAAUUUCCACCUAUGCGGUAGGGGAGAUAAUAACAUACUCUUUCAUUAGUCUGGUAUUAGGCAUUCAUGGAACAAGUUGAGCCAACUACUUUCUCAUGAUGUUGGGUAUGUGGGUUAUUAUUGAAAUUUACUUAAAUUGCAACUAUCGGAACUAGCUAAAACAAUCUAAAUCUAUUGCAGAUUGCAGCAUAUUGGGAGGUAAAUUCUCCAGUAUCAAGGUUUUUUUGGUGAACAGCGAACAAAAUACAAGUAGAAGCAAUUGAUUUGCAAGUUUACAAGUUAGUAUUUUACUUGUAUCUUUCACAGUGGUCAUUUCAAUAUUCAUCAGGUUUGUUGAAUGCUAGGCCCUAGAUCGCAUGUCGACCUUGAAACCAGAUUGAAUCUUCUACUAAUGAGUUGGUUAAGUCAUCAGAGUUUCCAACUAGAGAAUCAAGAUUAGAGCCAGUAUAAUUCAUCUGCUGGGUUUUUUUCUUUGCACUUAUGCUGUAGUUUGGAAGGCAACAUUUUGCUAUAUUGGAAUUCACGUUUUGGAAUGAAAUGCAAUGCCAAAUUAAAAGAGGAAGGGGCUUAGAUACGAGGCAGAGCUAGUAUCAUUUGAGAUUAAUAUUCAGAUAGCCUUUCUUGAAAGAACUUUUGCUGCUUUGUUCUUGGCGAAGUCAUCUGCACCUCUCGCCAUAACUUUUUAUGUGAAAAUCACAACUCAUAUUGAGGUCACACUGGGGUUGCUCCAAGAAUUUACAAGAUGAUACAAAUAAAGGCAUCACACCACAAGGAGUUCAAGAUGUAGUUCCAUUUAAUGCAUUCAAGCUUCAUUUAUGACGAGUCAAGCUUAAUUCAAGGAAAUAGACUUAAACUACAUCAAACUACUUCAAGUGAAGCUUCAAUAAUUUCUGGAUGGUUACAAACUCUUGAGUGGCUGAUUUAAAAGACCAAUUUUCGGAGUUGGGAUGCUUAUUAGUUUAUUUGAAGUUUAAAGACCAUUUAUAUGUUGUUUUAGGUUUCUUUUGUUUGUGGUCAUUUAUAGCAUUAAAGUUUGGGAGGUUACAAACAAUAACAUGACAUAGUGGAAGGAUUUAGGUUGUAUUUUGGAGGCUAUAUAAAGUCAUCCUUAUUGUAACACAAGGAGGAGAUGGAGUGUCGACAAAUUUAAAUGAAAUCAAAGUCUUUUGAGCCUAUGGCCACGUGCAACUUAUUUUGCAUAUCUUGUGUUUAGAUUUGCAUGCUAGGAUUAUUCAAGUAGUAUUGAUCAAGCUAUCUUGAAAAGUUAUUCGAGGAGGUCAAAGACGAGUUUUGGGUAUUAGGUCUUGUUCCUCAACGAGGUUGUUAGAUCCGAUGGUUACUUAACACAAGACGUCCUGGAUGAAUGGAUUCUCACUAAUCAACGAUUUGAUAGCUACUUGAAAACUAAAGAUUGAAUUCAUUAAAUUCUCCAGUCUCUAUAUUCCCUGUCUAGCCUCCCCCAUUCUGCAAGGACUUGUUGGUGCAUGUACUAGACAAAGGGGGAGACAUUGUUGAUGAUAUCGAAGCGUAUGGAGCUUUCAAAGCAAUCAGCGGAGGCUUCAAUAUUCAUAAUACUCCAUCUCUGACAGCUACCUUCUCUCUCCAUUCCGAAGAGAGGGAUUUGUAAUGUGAAAUGAAAGCGAUUCUCGAUUGCUUUAUUUUGAUUGGCCCUCAACAACUCGACACCAAUAAACCAAACAUGGGAGUAUUAAGGUUAGAAACCAUUCACGAACCCUAUAUCAAAUAUGAAAAUUAUUUUUAACAACAAAAUUGCUGAAAAUAUUUACUAACAUAGCAAAAUAUCACAGUUUAUUUGCAAUAGACUGCGAUAGAUCACGAUAAACUACUAUUUGUAUUUAUUAUAAAAUUUUACUAUAUUUGUAAAUAUUUUAGUUCAUUUUGCUAUAUUUGAAAACAACCCUAUCAAAUAUGUAGGCAUUCAUGUUAGAAGAUGUGAUUCGCUUGAUUAAAAUUGAAAGGUCUAAGUUUGAUUAUUGCAACUUCUAUCGAUUUGAGUAGUUUUUGAAAAUUAAAAAAAAAAAAAAAAAAA